CGCUUCUAACGUUUUUGUUGUUUGUUAUCGGCCUCGUCUUCCGCGUCGCGUUCACCUAGCCAGUUUGGCUCAAGCUCUUUUUCCAUCCGCGCCAGCUCUCUGGUUCGGGUAAGCAGCUGGUCUGCAUGUUGCUUCCGUCUUGUUUUCAGAUGGGUGCCAUUCCACAGCACGCUUUCCUGGCCAGUGCAAAGUGGUUCGCAGAGGAUGUUGUCAGGAUUGGGCCUCUGAGUUUAGGUGCCCCAGCAUUAACCGCCCUCAUUUUGCUCCUUAGCCCGAUGGUGGAGGUCGUUCCAAGGAUCCGUCGCCAGCAGAAUGUUGGAAGGUUGCCGAUGCUUCCGUAUACUGCAAUGACCUGCGGUGGUAUAUUUUGGUCCGUGUACGCUGUGAUCAAGGGAAUCACGCCAGUGCUGAUUGUCAACACAGUCCAGAUUCACGAGUCCUGCGCCGCAUGAUCCGACCCUGUCAAUUCGAUUGCUCGUGUGAUGCAUUGUGGUUGGGGGCCUGGGGGCUCCUGGGUCGCCUGGGGAGCCCUGCAAAGGUCUUUGGAUUAUCUUAGGGAGGAUCGGCGGUCGCGGGGCGGGGCGGGGCGCAGGUGGGUCGCGAAGCUGGGCCAGCAACGAGAAGAGAGACAUGGAUCUGCGCCGCGGAACCGCAUUUUAUUCGUGCCCCCGCCCCCUCCUCCACUGGAAUGUGUUGAGGCAUGGCGAGGGCGGCUGGGCGGGGGAUGGACCCGCACACGCCUGGCACCCCAGAUGGGGUCUGCCGAUAAUAUUGGGAACGUACUAUUGCUGGGUGUUUGGGAGGUACUGCCCCGAAGCCGCCGAUUGGCUGCCCUGGACCUUAAAGGCGCACCUCAGGGCCCUGGCCCUGGCUCCGGUCGCCUGCGCCACGGUGCUCGCCGCGUGCUCACGACGAGUGCUUCUCCUGCUGGGGCUGUGCGGCAAUCUGGCCAACAUCCUCAUGUUUGCGGGCCCCCUCGCCGCCGUGGGCACCGUGAUCCGGGAACGGAGCACCAGGGCGCUGCCCCUCGGCUUCACCUGCGUGGUGGUGGUGAACGGCGGGCUCUGGACGGCCUACGCGGCCCUGCUCCUGGGCGACUACAUGGUGCUCGUGCCUAACCUCAUCGGCUUCCUCCUGGGGCUCGUGCAGCUGUCGCUGUUCCUCCGCUACGGCGUAGACAGGGGCGCGGCGCCCGGCCAAGAUGCCGCUGGUCAUGCAGGCAGCCCACCCGCGUGCAGCGAGGCCGACGACGAGGACGGCGCGAGGUCGCGGGCUCGGGCCCGGCUGGCUCACACCGCGCAGAUCGAGUGCAAGAGCAGCAUCCGACGCAAGCGGGGUGGCGGACAGGUGCUGUGCGGCGUGUCCUGGGCGCUGCUCGGUGCCCUUCAGCGUCCGCGUGUGCCGCACGGCGGCCACGUUCGGCGUCAUCUGGGACGCCUCGGGGACGUGGGCAAGGAGCGGUAUCGAGACGCUCCCGUCCAGCGUGUUUGGAGUUUGGCUGCUCGGGGCAGGACGGCGGUGCAGCCCCUCCCACAGAGGGCCUCUCGAUGAUGUCUCCCGUCCUGCCCCUCCCUCCUCCUCCUCCUCCUACUGCUCCCGGGCAUGGGGGGUCUCCUUCUCCUCCCGACUUCCGCUCUCCUGGCCUCAGCACUCGGAGACAACGGCUCCGAGACUGCCUCUGGACUUCUUUGAAGGUCGGCGCUCGGCAUGGACGAGCACCCAGAACUCGUGUGAAGUAUAUAUCCGAAUUUAAGCCAACUUAUUCAGAGGCCAGGGCGACAGGGGGGGUGCAUCGACCCCGAAUCGCCCAUUAAUCGCCACUAUCUGCUGACCUACGCCGCCCAGGACCGUGCAAUUUCGCUAUGGGAGGCCUGUCGCCAAUCUAUCGGGGAUGUAGCGGUCAUUCGAGUUCGAUGUUUCUCCCCCCUCCCCCCUGAGCGGGCCACAUCCAAUAACGCACGGUAUCCCACAAAGCGCAUCCUGAUGAGCACAGGACCCCGUGUUGCCUGGCACGCGGAGGCGUACAGCCGCGGUGCCCUCCAGAGCAGCACAUGGGGCACCCUCCGCUGUCUUCGGCGAGGAUUUUUGCUGGCCUGGAAGGCACUUCCGGGUCCCCGCGUUUUUGCGGGUAGAGACUGAGACCCAAACGCGUUUGUUUUAGAUGUCGCUAAACACAUCAUGGUGCAAACGGGUCCUCAAGGAAACCGGUCUUUCUUGUUUAGGCAAGUUCUUGCCUCAGGAUUUCAAAUUGGGAUCUUCUC